CUUAAAUGUCCACUCCAAAGCUAACUAAAAGGAGCUCAAAGAACCGUGCGCAGCUGAAGUCUCCUAACGUCUGAGCCGUUGACAGCAGCAGCCCGCCCCGCGUGAGCUAACGUCGCUAACCACUAACAUUAGCCUGGUGUCAAAAUGAACGACCAAUAUUCACUUAAUAAUAUUGACAGCCUCCUCUUUCAGUUCGCUCUUCAAACUCGGGAGCUUUCCCAAAAGAAGAAUGAAAUCGAACAACAAAUUAAAGUUUGCAGAGCUGACACUGCUGAGAGGAGGUCUUGCCUUCAAACAAUCCACAGUGAAAUCCAGAAACUUGAGGAGGGAAUCAGGGUGAAGCAGAGCACUGUGAUACAUAAUAAGGCUAAUGCUAAAAGCAUGAAGGCAACUAACAGCCUGCUUCUUCAGUAUGAGCAGUCACUCAAAACAGAACUGGAGAACGGAAAAGACAGCUAUAACCGUGACAUAGAGGUCUACGAACAGAGAAUUGCAAGUUACAGGAAGAUAUUCCAGUCACACAAAGAAUAUUAUUGCCAAAAUCCUCUUGCUCAAAUACUCCUUGGGCUGCGGGCUGAAAUAGAAGAGAUUGAGUCUAGGAUCAUGGCUUGUGAUGAUCAAAUAACAAUGAAACAGAAGCAGCUGGACCAUCUCACUGGUCCAGUAAUUGAUUCUUCUUCCCCUGAGAAAUUACCAGACAGUGUUUCUGACCAGCAUCCCAUAGCACAAGCAGAGAAACAAUUAGAUCCUCAGGCAGAGGAUGAGAGUUCUUCCAUUGACAUCUCCUCUCUUCAUCUCAACCAGACAAAGUCUGGCCAUAAAGCGUCAGUAGAGGCAAAUGAUGAAGACUUUUCUGAGGAAAAUGAGGUCCAGUAUACGACGACCUGCAGCUCUUCCCCAGAGAAAGACAACGAUGAGCUGUGGUCAUCUCAUCCAUUGGAUGAACAAAUACCGCAAGAUGAGAUGCACACUGAGGAGCAGGAAACUGGACGAGAGGAUCAGGUCUUGCAAAUCUAUGUGUCGGAUGUGGAGGAAGGAGUGGAGGCUGAUGUGGGGAAAGAGGACGCUUCAUAUGAAGAGCAGCCACUGAGCGACAAUGAGGACCUUGGUGCUUUCCAUCAGACAUCUAAAGAGACGCAUCCUCAGUCCUCCGUGGCAGAAAGGACAGCUGUGUUUUCUACCCCAGCGUUCCCAUUUAACUUUAGCCCUACCGCCUCCCCACAGCCAGGCUCCACUGACACCAAAUCUCCAGCUUUCCUGUUCUCUCUGCACUCUGACCCCAGCACCACAGGCUUCUCUGGGUUUGGAUUUGACGUGGGCAUGUCACAGGAAGAGGACUCAUCUUUCGCUUUCACCAGCCCUUUUUUUAAUGAAAAGAAAACCACAGAAACAAAGUCUGCACCUGGUCCCGAGUUUCUGUUCGGCCAACCAGAGCAAAGUGAAGACUUCCAUUUUGGCUUCAGCUCCAACAGCCCUCAGACAACGAACAAAAAUACAACCAGGGAUGAGUUUCCGUUCUCAUUUAACUUUUGAGAUGUGUAGCAACAACAUUUAAAUACUGAAAAUGGUGUUUCUGAGAACACUUUGUUACCCGUUUUCUUCUGUAAUGUUCUUCUAUUGUUUUUAAUUAAGCUUAGGGAAAGGUUUAUGGUUUAACACCACCACGUUAAAUGGUAUGUCAUUUUUUUUAUUUUUUUUAAUGCAACUUAAAACCUUAUUUUAAUAACUAUU